GUUCUGAAUGCUCUCUAAGCUUUGCAAACCUAUCCCUAUUCAGAAGAAUGGUACGCAAAACUUGGAAGCCAAAUUAUCAUGAGCAGAUACUGCAUGUGAUGGAUUUAACUUAUACUCUGUUACAAUCAUAAAUUGUUUUGACCUAAAAAGUUAAAAAUACCUAUGUCACGCCAGGCAUUUGAGCCAAAGAGCUCUACAACUAUGUGCUCUUCAACUGAAGACUCUGCCCAGUCAAAGAGAACUUUAAAAGAGGCAAGACAAGUCCAGCACGGGGAACAAGCGAAGGAUAUGGAGCAGGAAGAAGACAAAACCCUCGAACUGGACAUUCCCUAUUCAAUGAGGCGUAAGGCGCAAAACCUGGAGCCAUGUGCCCGUUCCUCCCAAACCCUGAAGGAAACCUUGACGUACCUGAGGCACGGCUACUGGUUCGGCUGCAAAACCCUCAACCCUAAGUGCUCCGUCCAGCAGUUAAGACUCCAGUUCGUGUUAGGAUGUGGUGCAUCUGAAUGUUAGGUCGAUUGUGAAUGUCUGCAGACUGGAAACCCUAACACUCGGUUUGAACAACAGGCAGGCAAACGAGGAAGAAGUAUUUGUUUCCUUCCAAGUUCAGCUGAUGUGGGAGUUCAGCUUCUGACUGGACUGUAGUACGCUGUUACCUGCGCCUGCUCCCGAGAGUUGUGUAGCGUUGGAGGGUAACAAAAUCUGAAGUGAUUUUGGAGACGCCUGCGGGGUUUUUAGGGUUCUAGCAUGGAGACAUUUUCUAUAUGCUUUAAACUCGAAUGUGCUGUGGCCUAGAGUCUUUUGAGAUUUUGAGCCGGGCUUAGAGGCUGGCGCAAGCGUCUGGGGCUUGAUUAUCAGUCGUUGUGUCGAGAAGUGGAGCACACAGAUAUUUGAGCUUGAGGUUGUGUAUUGCGUAUGAGAGUUUAGCUCGGAGGUCGUCAAAAUGUUGGUGCUGUUCGAGACGCCUGCGGGCUUUGCCCUCUUCCAGCUGCUGGAUGAGGGGAAGCUCGACAAAGUCGAGGAUUUAUGGAAAGAUUUCGAGACUCAAGACGCCGCCAGGAAAGUUGUGAAGCUGAAGGCGUUCAGCAAGUUCGCCAACACUACGGAAGCCCUGGGAGCUGCCACUGCAUUAGUUGAUAGUAAACUCAGUAAGGGGUUGAGGAAAUUCUUGAAGGCAAACUGUGAAGGGGAAACGCUUGCCCUUGCUGACUCGAAGUUGGGUAACAUUAUCAAGGAGAAGCUGGCAAUCGACUGUGUGCACAACAGUUCGAUCAUGGAGCUUAUGAGGGGACUCCGUUCUAUGGCCGGUUCACUUAUCACUGGUCUUGAGGGAUACGAAAUGGCCCCAAUGAGUCUGGGAUUGUCUCACAGUUUGUCCAGGUACAAACUGAAAUUUAGUCCAGACAAGGUGGACACCAUGAUUGUUCAAGCCAUUGGGCUCCUGGACGAUCUAGACAAGGAGCUGAACACUUACGCCAUGCGAGUGAGAGAAUGGUACGGUUGGCAUUUCCCCGAGCUGGGAAAGGUCAUCCAGGACAACAUACAGUAUGCUAAGUGCUGCAAGCUGAUGGGCAGUCGAAUAAAUGCUGCCCAGCUCGAUUUUUCAGGAAUCAUUGCAGAGGAGCUGGAGCAGGAGUUGAAGGAUGCUGCCGUGAUUUCCAUGGGAACCGAAGUGAGCGAGCAGGAUAUGGUGAACAUCAAAUCGCUUUGUGAUCAAGUCAUUGCCUUGUCUGAGUACAGGGGCCAGCUUUUCGAUUAUCUGAGGAGCAGGAUGAAUGCAAUCGCACCGAAUUUGACGGUGCUUGUAGGAGAGCUUGUCGGUGCCCGUCUGAUCGCCCACGCCGGAAGUUUGAUCAAUCUUGCAAAGCACCCAGCCAGUACCGUUCAAAUUCUCGGUGCAGAGAAAGCGCUGUUCAGGGCUCUCAAGACGAAGCACGAGACUCCCAAGUACGGGCUUAUCUACCACGCUUCCCUCAUCGGACAAGCUGCACCAAAGUUCAAGGGUAAAAUCUCUCGAAUUCUAGCUGCCAAGUCUGCUCUGUCUAUCAGACUGGACGCAUUGGGUGAAGGGAAUGAGGCAACUAUAGGAUUGGAGAACAGGCUGAAGGUGGAGGCCAGGUUAAGGCAGCUGGAGGGCAGAGCAUUAGGAAAGAUCAGCGGUACCGGGAAGAGUCCGGGUGGCAAAAUUGAGGCGUACAACAAGGACAAGAAGACUGGGUCCUCACUGAUUACUCCUGCGAAGGCCUACAACCCUGCCGCGGAUUCGACCAUGGGAGCUGAAACACCCACUCCCGCCAAGAAGCAAAAGAAGAAGUCGAAAGAAGAGGAGUCUCCCGUCGAGGAAGUGGCCGUCGUGGCAGAGCCCGAGAAGAAGAAAAAGAAGAAGAAGGACACAUCUGGCGAGGAUGUCCCAGCCGUUGAGGUGGCUGCUCCAGCCACGGAAGAGAAGAAGAAGAAGAAGAGGAAGGCAGAGGCUGCCGAAGCCGCGGAGGAAGCUGAUAACGGGGCGGUGAAGGAGAAGAAAAAGAAGAAGGAGAAGAAAGCCUCAAGUUAGCAAGCACAAUAGGUGCUCUUGUAUUACUUAGGACCAUAAUUACUGUGUAGUAUUUUUGCUAGUUAAUCUUUCUGGUGACUAGAGGAGCAUCUGUCACUUAAGUUUUGGACUCUUCUCAAACGACGGAAGGUGGUUCACAGUUUCUCUUGGUCGUUCUCGAGCUGUACAACCAGGUAUCACAUUUGUUCCACAAUUUUGUCCAGUGAAACAUUUGUUACUGAAAUAUUCUCUUCAGUGAGUUUGCAGGGUUGUGAAUUUUGCCGAGCCUGCACUGAUAGUAAUAGAUAAUUCGCUCGGGUUACGAACCACGAAAUGUAUCAUAGUGAACGGCUCUCUACGUGGCUGGCUUCUUGUCAGUUUUCUAACUUAACAUUCAAGUUGCUUACACUACGAAGUGCAGAAUAACAUUGCUGGAUUAUCCGUGGGAGUUUUUAGCAGCUUAGUCAAGAUUUGUCAUCUGUAUAUCCUGCAUCCAUCACCGCUUUCAUUACAUGUGUACUAAACAUCUUGGCCUGCGUCAGAGUAUUUUAGAAGCUUCAUGGACCGUAGUUGGUCAUGCUAUAUGUGCCGGACAUCAUCCGGGCAGUGCUUGUCUACAUUUCUGUGUUAAUAGA